AUGGCCACCGCUGCUGUCCAGUCCGCUGUCCAUCCUGCUAUUAUUCCAGGUCUAGGUCUCCCUCUUGAGGAGCAGGACUUGGACCUCGCCUCCCGCACAUACAAUGCGCUCCCCCCAAUCGAGGAGCAGGUCAAGCUCCAGGGCUCCGAGCAUGUCAAAGCCUUGCUUGCCAUCAUCAACAUCCAUGACAUGGGCAAUUUCUUUGGUCUUCACUCACUCCAUCGCCACAACGAGGUCCCUGAAAAGACCAUUCGCCUCGAGGCUGACGUGCCUGGCGUCCCCGACAUGAAGUGGAAUCGGGCCACCCCCAUCAAUGAGGAGCUUCUCACCGAGGAUAGGAUGCACGCUACCUUCUUCAAGUUGGAGGGCGAUACCUUGGUUGCCUUUGAGUUUGCCGAGGGCCCUUCCCCCCUUAAUGGAAAGAAGGUCCCUCCCCAAUUCAUCGUCGAUAUCGUCCAGUAUCUUAUCAUGCACAACCUCACUAAGGUGAUUGCCAUCGAGGUUGGGGAUUUCUCCAAGGCACGCGCCAUGGACACUGUGCCAACUGGCGAGCUCGAGGUGAUCUGGGGCUUUACCGAAGAGGAGUUCACCGUCGUUAUUCCCCUUGACCGCAUUGUUGAGGGAGUCGUGGACCCUGUUCUUACAGGCUGGAACGUCAAGGACGGCUCUCAGGAGAACAUGGAUUCGGAGCCUCCCGCUGGUCAGAGUUGGGCAAAGGCAGUUGUCGGGACGAGGGAAACGCACAAAGUCUUCGUCAGCAAGUCUCAUAACGCCCAGGCUGUCACCCCUGAGCUUCUCAAGAAGGCCCUUGUCGAGACGGGGUUGAUCAAGGCUUAA